GACUUCCUGUGCCUCAUGGCUGCUGUUUGGGACUCGUAUUCUGAGGUUGCCGCUUUUUUCCGUGCAAUCUUAUCUACUUUGUUGCUUCCCAUACUUUAUUGAUUCUUCUUCAACCUGCCGGGGUGUAGUGAAAUACUAGCACCUUAAAAACGGCUUCCUAUCUCGUUCAAAUGAGUGUAUCACUGGCUAGCAGAGCUACGAUUACUCCAUUCAGCUACAAACAAAUCGAAACUCUCCCUCUCAUUUCCUUUGCCCCAACUCAACAGCAGCAUCACCAUUCUCUUCUCUUCAUUGUUCCCCUAAAGCCCCAUCAUAGACCAAGAACACCCUCUUUAUCCCCAAAGUGUUCAGUUUCUUCAGCCACUCCCCCAACUUCCAAAGAGGAGGCCAUCCUCCAGGCCAAGGUUUGUCUUGCCUCCACGUUGGAGAAGCCUUUGAACAACCCCAAACUCGCGGGAAAACUCAAGAAACUAAAGCAGCCCAGAUUUCGGAUGGAAAUUCCAGUCAUUGAUGACUCACCUUCUUCACUCAGUCAACUCGCUAUUCAAGUCUUUGGAGAUAUGCCCAUCAAACGAAAAGGCACAAGAGUCAAAAUUCUUAUUUUCUGGUCCAAUCAAAGCUUGAAAGAAGCUGCCAAUGAAGUAUUUGACUCUCAGAAUGGAUAUAUUCUUGUUGAAAAUUCUGAUCUUUCAUCAGUAUACAAUGAGGAAACAAGAACUUUGAGUUCUACUGACGUGGCAGUAUUUUUGGCGCCAGAUGCUUCACAGUUGGCGGUUUUGAAGACAAUAACUGACGAUCUUUAUCCUAAACCAGUGGUGCUUUUCAAUCCCGGCUGGGCUUUUGAGGAGGAGAGUGAUUUUGGUGAAUUGAGUAGCUUUGUUGGUUCUUUUGAAGUGGUGUAUUCUUUUAUGGGAUUGGAGGUAAGAGGGAUCUUGAGUAAGAGAAAAGGUGUUAUUUUUAAGCGUGUUAGGGAUGGGGUAUUAAGUGGUGAGAGAUGGAACGUUUUUGUGGAAGAAAAUGGAGAAAUGAAGGUGGUUUCCAGCUUUAAAGCUCGGCCAUCAAUUACUGAAGUUGAGACGGUUUUGUAUAAUUUGAUGGCUAUCAAUUCACCAAUUACCAAGUCUGCAAAGUUCUUGAAGAAUUUGAUGUCACAUGCAACUGGGAAAAAGUGAGUGCAUUUCAAGUGCUUAAAUUGUGGAGCAUAAAAGUUGUGAUUUUAUGGAUUUACAGAAAAAUGCGCAGAUGAUUUGCGCUUGUUGUUGUUGAA